UGUUCUGUGAUGGCGGUUGUCGUUUGACGCCCCGCUGAUAGACCGGUAAAUAAAACACAUACACGUAUCUGGAUCUAGAACUGGAAUUUCACGAUGUCUGGACUACCAAGACUUAUCUAUAACAAAUCAAUUCCACAUGCCGCCCUGUCCUGGAAUGGAAUUUGCACGCCACGUUAUUUUCAGGUCCCGAGGUGUUACAAAAAUGAAACACUGAAUCAAUAUUAUAGCUCUUCAUCACUUCCUUAUGAAUAUCUGCAGCAAAGUAUUGUACCCACAAUGCAUUUCCAAGCCAGUCUACCAAGACUUCCGAUACCCAAACUAGAUGUAACAUGUGAAAGGUAUCUGAGAUCUCAAAGACCCUUGUUAAAUGACAAUAGCUACGAGAACACCACUAAUAUUGUCAAGGCAUUUUUAGAUGGUCAAGGUCAAGAACUCAAUAAUGAACUGAUUGCCAUAGAUAAAAAGAACAAACAUACCAGCUAUAUUACAGGUCAUUGGUUUAAUAUGUAUUUAGAAGCUAGAGAUCCUCUUGUACUUAACUAUAAUCCAUUUAUAUGUUUCAAGUUGGAUGAAAGACCAGAAUAUAAUCAUCAGGUGAUCCGUUCAACUAACAUGAUAGUGUCAGCGAUGAGAUUUUUGAAAACUAUGAGGUCUAAUAUAUUAUCUCCAGAAAUUUAUCAUCUUAACCCAGCUAAGAGUGAUACUCAGAGAUUCAAGAAUAUAGUUAGAUGGGUACCAAGUUCAUUAUCAUGGUAUGUAGCCUACCUGUAUAAAGCAUUUCCAUUAGAUAUGAGUCAAUAUAGUAAUCUAUUUAACUCUACAAGAAUACCUACAGACAAAGAUGAGCUUUAUACUGAUGUUAAUGCCAGACAUAUCGUGGUUAUCAGAAAUGGACAGUUUUAUACUUUCGAUGUGCUUACUAAAGAAGGUGGUAUAGUAGCUGCAAGUGAAAUCCAAGCACAUUUAGAGUUUAUCCUCUCAGACAAAAGUCCUGUACCUCAACAUCCUGUAGCUGCAUUAACAUCUCAAGAACGCAAUACAUGGGCAUCCUAUAGAGCACAAUUAGAAGAAUGUGGAAAUAAAGAGACAUUGAAAUUGAUAGAUUCUGCUGUGUUUGCACUAUGUUUAGAAGAUGAUAAACCUGGUGAAGAUCCCUUUUCACUCACAAGACUACUUUUAUAUGGAGAUUCUGCUAACAGGUGGUUUGACAAAUGCUUUCAACUCAUUAUAUGUAAAGAUGGGAUCGCCUCUGUCAACUUUGAACAUUCCUGGGGAGAUGGUGUUGCUGUUAUCAGGUUCAUGAAUGAAACAUUUGAGGAUAGCAAGAAGAGACCAGCUGUGGAACCUGGUUCUACACCUGCUGAUGUUAACUCUUCAGAGUAUGUGAGAAAGUUGGACUGGAAGUUGACUCCUGCAAUUCAGCAUGGAAUCAAUGAAGCACAAGACAUCUAUAAUAAGACCACCCAAACCUUGGGAAUUAAUCUGCAUGAAAAUGUAAAUCUCAACAAAGAAGUCUUCAAGAAAUACAAAAUAAGUCCAGAUGCUAUGAUGCAACUUUCUUUCCAGAUGGGUUACUACAGAAUGAGUGGAGGAAAAACUGUUGCCACAUAUGAAUCAUGUAGUACAGCUGCAUUUAAACAUGGACGUACAGAAACUCUGAGAUCAGCAACAAUAGAAACCAAAGCUUGCUGUGAAGCCUUCAAUAAACCUGGGGUCGGCAUUGAAGACAAAAGACAAUUGUUGACUGCUUGUUCCAAGAAACAUAAUGAACUGACCAAAGAUGCAGCUAUGGGCCAAGGAUGGGACCGUCAUUUGUUUGCAUUGAGAGUUUUAGCAAACCAAUGUGGACAACAAUCAGCUAUGUUCAACGAUGAGGCAUAUAAAGCAAUCAAUCAUAUCAUACUUUCAACAAGUACUGUGACUACUCCAUCUAUACUAAUAGGCGGAUUUGCACCAGUUGUACCUGAUGGCUUAGGAGUUGGAUACCAAGCUGGCGAUGAUAGAGUUGGUGUUACUGUAACUUCAUAUCCAUCAUCACCUAAUGCAGCUGAAUUCGUUCAGUGUGUAGAGUCAAGUUUAAAUGAUAUUUACCAUGUUCUUUCCAACAGUGAUAAAUAAAUACUUUACUGUAAAUUAACUUUUCUCAUGGUUAGCGAUCAUACUUUAGGUUCACAGCAACCAGUCCUUCAUUCAACAACUCAUGGAACUAAUUUGUAAAUUGUUAUUGCAAGCCCUUGAUUCUGGUGGUGGGAGGCACUGUAUUGUUUUUUUGUCAUCAUUGGGAUAUGUAAAAUGCAUGCACAGUGUUGCCAUAACUUGUACCAGAGCAGCAUGGUUUUAUAGUUCAUCAGGGAGACUCUA